AUGUAUGUCCCACUGUCCAGUCUCAGAGAACUUAUCACCGAAUCCAAAGUGGAGGACAUACUUCGUGAGGAGGGGUUGGUGCAAGAUAUCCACGCAGAGGCAGAAGCCAGGAGAAUUGUUCAGACGUCUAUGAAACUAUUCGCAAUCCUCGUCAGUAGGAAAAGAGGUGCUGAUAUCUUGAAGUUUCUGGAUGAGGGGAUAAGUGACACCGAUUUGCCUUUCGUCGUGAAGUCUGCAAGAGCUGGAAGCGAGCGAGUGACACUGCAGACAAACGGAGGCCGCGAUAUCAGGACUCUAAUUGAAUGGAGUGACUCUGAGGUCAAGAGCCUGGCGAAAAAGCAAUGGCGCAUGUUGGCUCCGGUGUUUGAGCAGGGCAAACAUUACGAUUUUCCGGUUGCUCAAAUCUUACCUUUCACGAAUUCGGGACAGAUUGAGAUCGAAAGCGGCUUCAGUGAGGUCUUUCAGGCCUUUAUACAUCCUGCUCAUCAUAACUUCUGGAAUUUUCCUGGUUGCCGGGAUCGACAAGCAGUAGUUGCUGUCAAGAAACUCUUUUCUUCCGACCCUUCACGUUUUCAAAUUGAGCGCGAUAUGCAUAUUACUCUCAAGAGAACGUCCGGGUCCCAUCCUCAUCUGAUCAGUCUUCUAUUUACCUAUAAGGAGGGGGGCAAGUUUCACCUAGUAUUUCCAUGGGCAGACGUCAACCUACGAAAUUAUUGGAAGAUAAUCCCACUCGGACAGAUUGAUUAUCAUAAAGUCUUGUGGUCGUUGAAGCAAAUGACGGGCCUCGCAAGCGCGCUGUCUUUGAUCCACGGGUUUCAGCUGCCGGACGAACGUCAGCCCGGCCGUCAUUUCGGACGUCAUGGUGAUCUGAAGGCAGAGAACAUCGUGUGGUUCCCAUCUUAUCCAGGAUGCACUGACGCGGACGGAAUAUUGCAAAUCACGGACCUAGGCCUGGCUAGUCUUCAUAGCAUCGGAUCGGUAUCCAAUGGUGACCCGGCCGGCGUGCUUGGUACUAAAACCUAUAGGCCUCCAGACAAUCAUCGCAACCUGCGCAUAUCUCGGAAGUGGGACAUCUGGAGUCUUGGCUGUCUAUAUUUGGAGUUCAUUACCUGGAUAGUACUUGGGUUCGAUGCUAUCGUGGAGUUUGCCGAGCUUCGCGGUGCCGAAGGUGGUGAGACGGAUGAAUUCAGCGAAGAUUACUUCUACACGGCUGAUCUCAGAGACGUACGGCCAUCGGUAAAGGCAUGGGUGACCCGUUUAUCAGAACAUGAACGAUGUUCUGAUAUGCUUUAUGAUCUCUUGUGUUUGAUCAUGCGGAAAAUGGUUCGUAUCGAGCCGAACGACCGAAUCGAUUCCCAGCAACUCCACCAAGAAUUACUUAACCUACUUGAAAGGGCAUCGAGUAACAGAACCUAUCUCGUCAGAGCUAGUGAAAGAUCUCCAAUCUGA